AUGAGUAACUGUGAUGAACACAUAAAAAACCUGCGUGAACAAAUAGAUUCUCCAUGCAACAAAAUCUGUGCUGACUGCCAUCAUGCUGUAACUAAAUAUGCCUCUUUAUCUUAUGGAGUUUUUCUUUGUGAACUAUGUGGUGUUUCUCACCAAACACUGAAUGGAAACAUAAAACGGAUUUCUACAGAUGAAGAAAAUAGUCUUAUUUGGUCAGAUGAUAGUGUGUCGCGUUUGAAGAAGUUUGGAGGGAACAAAGCUAUUAACCAAAAUCUAGAAGCAUCACUACCAGUGUAUUUCCGUCGUCCAUGGCCCGGUGUUGAAUGUCCUAUUUUUUUAAGAGAGGCGUUCAUAAAAUCAAAAUACAUUCAUGAAGAGUUUACCAGCGAUGCUAUAGCAAGAGGGGCUCAAAGUCAAUUUGCGUGUUCUUUUAAGUCAGGUGUACUAUUGAAAAAGUUGCGUGACUCCACUACAUUUUGUGAGCGCUUUUUUGAACUGUCCGUUGAAGGCAAUUAUUUCCGUUAUUACAUUAAACCGUCCGAUUCACAACCUAAACAAUCACUGGAUCUAGAAAGACUUAAUUUUACAUUCAUCCCAUCUAAGGAUUAUGGUCUCCCACCACAUACUGCACUCAUUCAGUUCGUUCAAGACUGCUCAACAAGACACAUGUUUAUACGAUCCGAAGAUAGUAGAACCAUAAUCAAUUGGUACAAUGCAAUACGUUUAGGCAAGUAUCACCGUCUAUGCCUUGGUCUCAGUGGUAUGGGUGUCACACUGUCACCAGCUGAACUGAGUAAAAGGCUAACUAGAGACGUUGAUAUGGCUGGUUGGCUCUCUAAAACGGGACCACGCAAGAACGAUGCCUGGCGUCGCCGGUGGUGCAUGAUUUUGAAUCGUCAUUUCUUAUAUACCGAUAACCCAUUAAGCCCAUUCGCCAAAGGAGAGUUAUUUAUUGGUUCCAACAAAGAAGGCUACUCUGUAACAAAUACCACUCCCGAUGGUUGGAACCGUCAUAAUGGGUACCCAUUAACUAUUCACACGUCAGCACGUCCUUUCGUAUUUGUUGCUGACAAAAAAGAAGAACAGGAAAAAUGGUUAGAAAUUAUUCAAAAGAUUAUGAAUAUACCACUGACACUUGCAGAACACAAACAGGCAGCUAUGGUGACUAAAAAGCGUACUAAUGCGUUGGACUUCCUCAAAACUUCUUAA